ACACACAACUUGCUCACUGCAAACAAUUAUUACCGGUAUGUUUCAAACAGUUGAAGCCAGAACACAGUGCUGAUAUUUACUGUCUAUAGGGAUAGAUACUCAUCAACUGAGGCAAUGUCGUCUCAUUCAGAACAACAACAAGUUGUAUCCUAUGAAUGUCUUCUAGCAAGGGUUUCAAGAGUAGAUGAAACCUCUGCCACAUUCACCGUAUGGACGUCGAAUUGUGAAAUACUUCAAGCAAAUCUAUCUGGUUUAAACGUUCUCCGGAAGGCUAUUGAUAUCAAGAAGAUUGUCAAUAAUGUGGAUGAUUUCCUCUUCGUUGGUGACGAAGUCCAGGUCAGUAUCAAACAAGACAAGACAAAGACGGGACAAUGGAAGGUUUCACGCGUAAGAUUGUACUCUGAUCAGCGACCACCGCACUACGAUGUUGUAAAUGAUUACCUCGUGUGCAGAAAACAGGGACCUCCUCGAUGGCCUAAGCAACAGCAUAAAUGCCACGUACCUCAUAGUCGCGUCGGCGAGAUCGUCUCAAUAUUGAGUGAAUUAUUACAAAGAUGGUCCAAGAUUCCCGUCGAGCUCGUCCAUGAAAUGGUCGAUGAGCACGGCAAUGAUCUCGGUGGGGUGUUUGAAUUGUACAUCAAGACAGAAAGAGCUUUGAUGAGUUUUAUCCGCACUGUUCCUCAGUACUUAUACAUGGAUGAUGAAAACAGAGUGUGUAUGUACAGGGGAUUUGAUGACCAAACUUUCAAGACAGAACUGACGGAAAAGUGCUCGUCGAUUCCACAAUGGACGCGGUCAUACCCUUUAAGUGAAUGUAGAGUUAUCGAAACAGUCCGGGACGGGUACGCGGUCCUCAAACCACUCCUCGAAACAGCCGAGAGACUGCACGACACCGGUUCGAAUCCCGGCCUGGUAGUUGCUUUAGAUUGUGAAGGUUGUUCGCUGAGUAAGACCGGUCGUUUGACUCUCGUACAGCUAGCCACGAUGGAAGGCAAAGUUUAUCUUUUUGAUGUAUUUCGAUGUCCUUAUAUUUUUGAAGAUGGGCUUCUUGCAGAACUCCUUCAAAGCGAUGCUAUCUUAAAGGUGAUUCAUGACUGUAGAAAAGACGCUGCUGCUCUAUUUCAUCAAUACGGUAUCACCCUGACAAAUACAUUUGAUACAUCGAUUGCCUAUGCGGUCCUCCAGAAUCAGUGCCAAGUCGCUGGAAGUAGACCGAGACCAAGGAUUAGCUUCCAGAAUCUUUGUGAGAUUAUAGGAGAAGAUAUGGACAUCGGGAACAAGAAGGACAUAAAGAAGAAGAUGAAAUAUAUCAGAAACUUUUGGGCUCGACGACCUCUAAGUAAUGACAUGAUAGACUACGCAGCUACCGAUGUCUACAUGCUGGUUCCAAACUUGUACAAAGUAUUAGACAGUCUGAUCCAUCCCAACUGGAAGAGUGUGUUUAAGUUCAUGUGCCAAGACGCCAUUAGAAAGGAGAUAGAUGAUAUCUAGAUUACAUGCAGAUGAAAUCACUUCCACAACACUUCAGUUGAAACCAUUGAAAAUGGACAAUGUCAUCAGAGGGGGCGGGGGAGAUGACUAUCAUUUAAGAUUCAAUUUACUAAGGGAAGGGGGAUGGACAUCGGGAACCAUUAUUAUUAAAAAUUUAAAUGCUAAAUCUGUACUUUAUUGGAGGACAACUGUAUAUACCAUACAGUUUACUGAUUAUUUUCUGUAGUGGAAGACGUUCUGUCUGGGAUCUUUUAAUUUGAAUUUUCUUAAAUGAUAUUUAUUGGCUAACAUCAUGGCUAAAACCACCAGUACUGCACAGAAACAUUGUUAGCACCAACAAUACGCUAACAGAGACCCCGUUACAACCAGUAAUGUGGCAGCGACGGAUGCCUAAUGUACAAUGCAUUAACAUUGAAAUAAACGUUUUGACUUCAAAAUUCGAAAGAUGUGACUGGGCUUUCUGUUAGCGCUCCGUUAGGCUAACAACGUUUUUGUGCGGUUGGCACUGGUCUUCAUCAAUUUGAUCUAAUCAGAGUUUGAUCCAAGCUCUAUUAUACUCUCAUUUAUUCUAAUGACCAGAUGGUCUAAUUUCCACUUGGUCUUUUUAAUAUUUUGUCAUUACUCAGUCAAAUGAACAUUUAUUCAGUAAACAGUUCAUCAUUGUGUCCAAGUGGUGUUUUUCCAAGUAGACACCACAGCAGAAAUGGAAAUUAGGACAAAAUUGCAAAUGGCCUACAAGCAGUUGGACCAAAAAGUUUGUAUAUGAACUAGUUGUAGACAAACUCGGAUUAGACCAUGUUGGAUGAGACCAAUGGGAUAGUACAUCAAGUAGACCAAGUAGCAAUCCAUCCUAACUUUCCCACACAUAGAUCUCUCUCAUUUAUAUCUCCAUGUUUUGUUUUUUUCUCCCUUCACAUGUCUACCACUACCACAUGUACACAAAUGACUUAGGAAUAAGGGUGGGCCCAUAGUUUCCCCUUUGGCCCACCCUUAUUCCUCAGUCAUUUGUGUUAUAUUUAGCAAUGUAUAUCUACAUAAGUGUUUGAUUGAUCUACUUCAAAAUAUGUAAAUAUUUCAAUGUUGUUAACAAGACAUGAUUCAUGAGAACAGGAAAGUUAUUUGGUCAACGCUCAAAAUACUGAGAAAAAUUGAUACCAGUAAGCAUGAAGGUCUAAAAAAAAUCAUAAGAUUUGAAGGAUUCAAGUCACCUUUUAUUUAUUUAUUAUUUUUUUCAUUUAUUACUUUUUUAUUUCAUUUCCAGGCAGGCAAAAGACUAGAAUAUGUACAAGACGAAGAAAUUACCACCGACUAGUGCCUGAGGAUGACUAAAAGAAAAACUAGUUUUGUUAUGAAGCUCUCCUCACGAGUCGGGGUUUACAAAUAUAAAAAUAAAAUCGGUACAAAAUGGCAAUAAAUGUUUAGAUGCAUUACGUAUUAAAACAAAGAACUUAAUAAUAAUAUAAAGAGUGUUUGUUUCCAUGUAAAAUUAUAAUAUCCAAACAAUAUGAAAUUUUUAUGCAUUAGGGACAGUCCUAUGAGAUCAUUUCUCAAUUUUAAGACAUAUUUUGUGGAGGGUAAGGAAAUUGUGAAAGGAAAAUCCCAUGAAAUAUUCAUGUUCUAGAAUACAGGUUACAAAUGUGUUAUCUAAACUCUGUAGAUAUAAGUGUUCACGUUGCUUGCAUUAUGGUUUGUUUCACAAAUUGUACCAUGUUAAUGUGUCAAUUCAUAUUGACUCCUCUUAAGUUUAAAAACAUAUCAAUGAGUAUUGAGUUUAGCAUUUUAGUAUUAGUUUAGCAUUGUUAGUAUUACAUGAUUGAGCUGUCAGCAGUUCGUUUGGUAUUGUCAUAAUGUUGCCUUUAUUGCCAUAUCAUAUUCAUGUAAAAUAUGGUCCUAAUUAUUGGCCUAAUCAUUACAUGCCACUGAUAACCUCCAAUUUGAAGAAAUUGGCUGAAUCCAAAUUUGUGAUUGAAUUUCAUUAUUUGUUAAUGAUAAUAUCUUAAUGAAACUGGAUGGUGUUUUAUAAAGUUGUUUUUAAGUCACUUGUUACACGUUCUUCAAUGUAAACACUAAUGUAAACACUGGGAUGUCCCUACAGGAACACACCCUGAAGUGUAGAAAUUACACCUUAAGAGUUUGAACAUAACACCAGAGUUUUAUAUUAACUAAAGGUGUUGUAACAUAGGUGUUGAAUUGACACCAAAAAUAUAACAUCAGAGUAAAAUGAGUUAUUCUCUAUGUACAGCAGCUAACAUUACUUUUUGUGGUGCUUAACUAAAGUUAGAUUCUCCAUCCCUUAGUACAAGCAGCAGUUGGAAUCAGAUCUGUAUUACCAAGAUUAAAAUUCAGUUUGAUUCUAAAACACCAUCAAGAUUCAUUAAGAAAUUAUAAUCAAAAUACAGUUUGAUCAGGGAUGCAUUUUUAUGAUACAAGGAAGGGGUAUCUCAUUUGUUCACACAGUUAUUAGAAACAGUUAAAAACUUAGAAACAGUUUUGUGAAACACCCCCUGGGCUCAGAAUGGUUUUUCUGCAACCAUGGCAUGCAAUUUUGCAUGUUGCCUUUUUGACACUGCCAAAAAAACAAACUGACCUCCAAUAACACGGCAACAUAUCCAGAACUCAAUUUAAAUGUUUACCAAUAGAAUCUCUGGGAUGUACAUGUAUAUACACAAACGGCACUUUACGUAUAGAUAAACGAUAAAGAUACUUUAUAAUAUAUACAAUAUUUUGAACACACAAAGUGUCUCUGGCAAAUCUUAGAUGCGGAGCUCGAACGUAUAAUAAAAAGGAAAAUAAGAUUCAAA